CUGGACGCGCUGCCUUCUGGGGCUACAAGUUUAUAAUAAAUACAAUUAAAUAGAAAUUAUCGCUCGCGACUUUUUGUAAUUGUGCAAUUCUUCAGCUAGUUGCAAGAUUUACCGGUUAAAGAAUUAAAAGAGAAUAUAUGUAAAUAUAUAGACAUUCAUUGUUGAUCAGCAAAUCGAUAGAGAAGAUUCAUUUCAAAGAUUCCUUUAUGCUAGAUGCUAAAAUUGGCCCAGACAAGCUGACUAAGCAUAAAGUGUAGUACGACGGAAAAGCAAAUCAAAACAAGCAUCGCAAAGCUGUAAAACACGAUGGGCAGGUCGUCAUUUAAGGAACUGUCACUCUGCCUGUUUGUGCUGCUGCUGGUGGGCUUGACGGGCCGUGUGACGUCACAGCGCACGUCAUUGGACGUGGCCUUUAGGAAUGCCUAUCGGCCACUGCGUCUACUGGGCCUGGCCUUCAGCGGGCGCUCCGGCGACGAGCCGGCGAACGUGCAACGCGUGCGCAAUGCGGGCAAAACUCAAAAGUCCAAUCCCCGCACGCGCGCCCUGCUGCAGUUCUGCGAUGCGGAACACGGACCUGGCCGACGCAGUGCGGAGCGUCCGUCCAGCGUGCAUCGGUUGCGACCCGGCGAUAUAGACAUUAUCGCUGGCAUGGGCGACUCUUUGACCGCGGGCAAUGGCGUUUUUGCCACCAAUCUGGGUCAUGUCACCGUCGAAAACCGUGGCGUGGUUUGGUCCAUUGGCGGACAAUACAAUUGGCGCAAGUAUCUAACCUUGCCCAACAUACUCAAGGAGUUCAAUCCCAAUCUCUAUGGCUAUUCGCUGAGGGAUGGCUUGUCCACAGAUCGUGCAUCGCGCUUCAAUGUGGCCGAGCUGGGCGCCAUGUCCCGGGACAUGCCCUACAUGGCCAAGGUGCUGGUGAAACGCAUGCAGCGGGAUCCGCAUGUGAACAUGACCCGCGACUGGAAGCUGGCCACCUUGUUUAUAGGCAACAAUGACUUCUGCUCCGACAUUUGCUUCUAUCCGCAGCCGGAGCUGACGAUUGCUGGGCACGAGCGGAAUAUGCUCAAGACCUAUCGCUAUCUGAGGGACAAUGUGCCACGCCUGCUGCUCAAUGUGGUGCCAGCGCCCAAUCUGCGUUUUCUAACCAAGCUGUCCGGCCUGCCGCCCAUUUGCAAGACCACCUUGCGCUUCGAGUGUCCGUGCCUGAUGGGCAAGAGCAAGGGGCACCUGGAUUACUACGAGGGCAUCAUGAAGCGCUGGAUAGCCAAGGACUAUGAGAUUGCCAACAGGGAGGAGUUCAAUACAGAGACGUUCACCAUCAAUGUGCAGCCUUUUUCUCAGUUUGACGACUUUCCGCGCACGCGUUCCGGCUUGACGGACACGCGCUUCUUCUCCGAGGAUUGCUUCCAUCUGAGCCAGCGCGGUCAGGCUUCCGCGGCCAACGCGAUCUGGAACAAUAUGCUGGAGAUGCCCGGCGAGAAGAGCGGCUUUAAUGUGAAUCUUUUUGAGAAGUUCAACUGCCCCAGCGAGAAGCGUCCAUUCCUGAUCACCCGAGAGAAUAGCCGCGCCGAUUUUGUCAUCUAGUCGACAACUGCCUUAUUAUAAAAUCCCAUUCCGACUGUGAUAUGUCUGUCGCCUUAGUCUCGACCAUACUUGUUUGUAGUA